AUGUUAUCGAAUAGUAUCAAUAGACCAUUGUCAUCAGUGGGCUACAAAAAUGUUUCUUUCAUUCUAUCGUCAUCGACACAAAUGAAUUUAACCAUUGGAAUGAUUGGACACAAACCAUAUUCAUCUAACAACAACAUCAACAACAAACAAUCAUCUACUUCUUUGUUUUCCAAUGGUGGUGGUGGUAGUUCAGUCGAUAGAAUGUCGGCUUCAAGUAGCACUGCUGUCGGAGGUGCUACCAAUAGCAGUUCAGUCGGUAGUAGCGGAAGUACUACUGGUAGUGCAUUCCAGAUUCCGGGAUCACCCAUUCCACCAAGUGGAAAGGUAAACUAUUUCGUACAACCGAAUCAACAACAGCAACAACCGAAUCAACAACAACAAGCAAAACCAAUGUUCCCACCAUUGCCACCAAACAACAGAACAUUCCCUUUGAUUCCAAAUCUACCACCAAAGAAUAACAACAACAGUUACAAUCCAAAUGUAGAUCAACCACAAUCUAGAUUUCAUCCACUCUUCCACAGACAAAACAACAAUAACAACAACAUGAAUAUUCAGAAUCAACCAAAUAACAACAAUAACAAUAUGAACAAAUCAACUAGUCAACCUAUUUUACCAAAGAUUAGAGGACAACAACAACAACAACAAUAUAAUAGUAAUAAGGUUGAAUAUGAUUUGGAUGAGGACGAUGAUUAUGAAGAGUAUAGAGCAGCAACAAAGAGAAAACAGAGUCAGAAAAAAUCUAAAGCAAUGAGUUCAGUUUCAGAGAAAGAGAUAUUAUUGCCUUUGGUUCCAACACCAAAGUCAAUGUCUUCACUGACAGGACGUUCAACAGUUGAGAUUCUAAAGUGGAUGAUCAAGAUGGGUGAAGCACCGACACGUUCCGACGAAGUGCUUGGUGAAGAUCUCUUGAAUCUCUUCUCGGAGGACAUCGGUGUGAAGUUUGCUCGUGUCAAGGAGCGCAGUGAAUUCCGCACUGGCAAACGUCAACAAGAUGCCACCUGGAAGCGAAAGACACCGGUAGUAACGGUGGUCGGUCAUAUCGAUCACGGAAAGACCAGUCUUCUCGACUACCUGCGUAAUACAUCGGUUGUCGAGAAGGAAGCCGGUCGUAUCACCCAACACAUCGGUGCUUUCGAAGUGGAGAUUGCCGAUGGCCAGAAGAUCACUUUCAUGGACACGCCGGGACAUGCCGCCUUCUCGACGAUGCGUGUGCGUGGCGUCAGCACCACCGAUAUCGCCAUAUUGAUUGUGGCGGCGGACGACGGUGUUCAGGAGCAAACGAUCGAAGCGAUCAAAGCGAUUCACGACGCCAAGGUUCCAUUCAUUGUGGCGAUCAACAAGAUUGACAAGCCCGGUGCCGACGUCGAGCUGGUGAAGCGCCAGCUGUUGGAGCAAGGCGUUGCUCUCGAGGGACACGGUGGAAUGGUGCCGUACUCUGAGAUCUCUGCCAAGACCGGUGAGGGAAUACAACACCUCGAGGAGACCAUUCUCCUGUCGUCGGAGAUCUACGAUCUGCAGGCGUCGUUCGAGGGCAAUCCAGAGGGAGUUGUCAUCGAGUCGACUUUUAUCAAGAAUCGUGGUGUUAGCGCCACCAUCUUGGUGAAGCACGGAAUACUGAAGACUGGACAAUUCUUUGUUUGUGGCGAUACCUAUGGAAAGAUCAGAGAGAUGAAGAACUUCACUGGUGCCAAUAUCAAAGAGGCACCGCCUUCCACACCAGUGGAGAUUUUCGGAUUCAAGCUGGAUCCACCCAGUCCCGGUGAUGAAAUCCAUGUUGUCGAGAGCGAGCAACGCGCCAAGGAGAUCAUAGAAGCUAGAAAUGAGAGUAAGAGUCGUAGCGAAACACUGGAUCUCAUUGAAAAUGUUGAAGCAACAGCAGCAGCAGCCGAGAAUAGCAAGUUGAGCGCAAAGAAGGGAACUUUCAAGAAAUACAAGGAUGAAGACGACAAUGAUUAUUUGGAUCCAGAGAAGAUGGCAGAGGAAGUCAAGGCGAAUCUCGGUGCCAAGCCGGUCAAGGAGAAGAUUGCCCUGCACAAACUGGCAAACCUCUACUUGAAGGGAGAUGUCGGUGGCUCGGUGGAAGCUUUGCAAUUCGCGCUGAAAGCUCUUCCACAGGACGAGGAAAUCACUUACAACGUUGUCAAGACUGCGUAUGGUGAGGUGACCGAUGUCGACCUGAAGGAGGUUGCUCUUCUGAAGGCACCGCUCAUCUACUUUGGACCGAAACUUGACCAUCGUAUCUGUGAGAACGCCAAGAAGCAAGGUGUUCCAUUGAUCGAGGGUGAUGUCAUCUAUCACGUAGUCGACAAUCUCAAGGUUUACUUGGAGUCAACGCUGGAUCCAGUCGAUGUUUACACUGUCAUCGGUGAGGCCAAAGUACAGCAACUCUUCAACAUCGAUAAAACCAAUCAAAUCGAAAUCACUGCCGCCGGUUGUAAAGUAACCAACGGUAUUUUGAAGAAAGGUUCAAAAGUCAGAGUAAAGCGUGGUGAAGAGAUUAUUCAUGAUGGCAGAAUUGAAAUUAUUAAACAUUUUAAGGAACUUGUAAAAGAAGUAAAUAAAGGACAAGAGUGUGGUAUUUGUAUAAAGAAUUUCGAUGAAAUCGUUCAAGGUGAUACUAUUAUUGCAUACACCAAGAGUGAAGAAACAAGAAAACUUGGAGAGAAAGUAAAGAUUUACCGUUAG